UGUUUCUUACUACAUAAAUACAUUUCGAUCACGUAUAUUCUUACUUUUUAAUAUCUACAAAUUGCACCUCUGAAAGUUUCUUAUUUUAUAAUUGAUACACAUAACAUUUAAAUUGGCCGUUUUCCAAUGUAAAUAAUAAUAUCGAGAUGUCGUGAAGUGCACACGCAUGUAGGAUAUACUUUUAAAAGGUAUCGUUCAAACAGCUGAUUCGGCAAAUGCAUUUCUGACGCGUGGUGUUGUAAAUGUAAUAUGAAUGUAAGUGACGUGUAGAGUAUCGGUACCUCUGUGAUCAACAUAGUUGUGUUAAAUUCGUAUAUAAAUUGAUUGACUCUUAUGAAGAUAAAUUAAUUCAUCGAUCGUCAAUGUCAUAUAUUAUUUAAAACGAAAUAUGUACGUUGACGUGUCCUAAUGACGUAAUUUCUUUAAAGAAAGAUAUUCUUCGAGAAUGUACACGUACACAUUAGUAGUGAUUGAUUAAAUAUUUCCGAACAUUAAAUUUGCAAUGAGGAUACUAAAAUUACCAGAUCUCUCAUGAGACUAUAGAUUUAAAAUAGUGGAAAUAUGAAGCCUAAUCAAAGUGUUUUACUUUUCUUGCUCGCGUUGGUUAUGUUUUCCAUAGCAGAAACCGAAAAUGGAGCGAAAAAACGAAGUGAUAUUACACAAAAAUCUAAUUCAAAGGAAGAAACAGAAGAUAAGACUGUGGAGGAUGUAGAAAAUGUCUUUGAACAUCUACACGAACUGAAAGCUUUACGUGAAAGUAUAUUGAAAUUUGUGCCGGAUGCUCUUCUAAAUGAAAAAAUUCCUAAACAAAUAAAAGAGGAAUCGGAAAGUGAACCCGAGGAACCUGUGGAGAAUACGUUAAGAAAUGCAGAGUUAUGGAUGAAAACUAUGAUAAGUCAAUCUAAAGAUAUGGAUUUGAUGGAUACAAAUAUGCAAUCUAUAGAAGAUGAAGAUUUAACUUCUUGGGUUGACGAAGAACAGUAUGAAAAUUCCGAAGAAGAAGUAAGAGAACCUUUGACACCAGAACAGGAAGAAGCCCAGCAGUUGUUCAACAAUGCCCAAAACUUAUUAAAUGCAACACGUGCAAACAAACUGGAAGCUUAUAAGUUACUUACAGUAGCAGCAACAUUAGGACACAAGGAAGCUAGAUCUAUGUUAGCAUGGGCACAAUUACUUGGAACUCCCAUUAGUACUACUACUAGGUCUCUUAUUCAAAAUAUUCCUGUUACAUACCAAACUUUCAAAGAAUUGGCUGAAGCAGGUUUACCAUCUGCGCAUAUGGGUAUAGGAUUUUUAUAUGCGACUGGAUUAGGUGGAGUCAAUGCUUCUCAAGCAAAAGCUUUGCUACAUUAUACAAUGGCAGCUUUGGGAGAUGAUACUCGUGCACAAAUGGCUUUAGGGUAUAGACAUUGGGUAGGAGUUACAACUCCUGUAUCAUGCGAAAGGGCAUUGGAUUAUUACCGAAAAGUAGCGAAUAAAGUUGCAGAGGAAGUAUCCCUUAGCGGUGGACCAGUUGUACAACGUGUCAGACUUUUAGAUGAAUAUGACAAUCCUGGAUACAGCUCUGGAAUUUUUGAUAGGGACUUAAUAGAAUAUUAUCAAUUAUUAGCUGAACAAGGAGAUGUACAGGCCCAAGUAGGUCUUGGUCAACUUCAUUAUCAAGGAGGUAGAGGAGUGCCUUUGGAUCAUCAAAGAGCAUUACAAUAUUUCCAAUAUGCUGCUGAUGCAGGCAAUCCUAUUGCCAUGGCAUUUUUAGGAAAGAUUUACCUUGAGGGAAGUGAUUUUGUAAAACAAGAUAAUGAAACAGCAUACAUGUAUUUCAAAAAAGCAGCUGAUCUGGGAAAUCCUGUUGGACAAAGCGGUUUAGGAAUGAUGUAUUUAUAUGGAAAAGGUGUUGAAAGAGAUACAGCCAAAGCUUUACAGUAUUUCAGUCAAGCUGCAGAACAAGGAUGGGUAGAUGGCCAACUUCAACUGGGCAAUAUGUAUUUCAGUGGAACUGGAGUAAGAAAAGAUUAUAAAUUGGCAAACAAGUAUUUUAAUUUGGCCAGUCAAUCGGGACAUGUUUUAGCAUAUUAUAAUCUUGCUCAAAUGCAUGCAACUGGAACUGGCAUGAUGCGAAGUUGUCCAACAGCUGUAGAAUUAUUUAAAAAUGUUGCUGAAAGAGGAAAAUGGAGUGAUCAAUUAAUGACAGCACAUACUGACUACAGAGAAGGUAGAAUAGAUGAAGCGUUUGUCAGUUAUUAUCUUCUUGCUGAAAUGGGUUAUGAAGUGGCUCAAAGCAAUGCAGCCUUUAUUUUGGAUAAAGGUGAAACUACAAUCCUCUCUGAAGAGGAAGAAUUAGUUCGAGCUUUACAACUUUGGGCAAGAGCAGCUGCUCAAGGAUAUUCUGCGGCGCAGGUGAAACUUGGCGAUGCUCAUUACUAUGGUAGAGGAACGAAAAUAGAUUAUGAAGAAGCAGCAAGUCAUUAUCGUUCAGCUUCUGAACAGCAACAUAAUGCUCAAGCUACGUUUAAUUUGGGCUAUAUGCACGAACGUGGCCUAGGAUUAGCAAAAGAUCGUCAUCUAGCUAAGCGAUGUUACGAUCUAGCAGCGGAAACUAGUCCUGAUGCACGAGUACCUGUUGCUUUAGCUUUGAUCAAACUUUCUUUCUUAUUUGGUCUUGACUAUCUACAAGAAUUUAGUCUGAUCGAUCAAUUGGAUAAGUGGGAUCAGUUGUUUGGUCAAAAUUGGGAUCUGUAUUUAAUCGGAUUUCUUACAGGAAUGCUUAGUCUUAUCAUAUACUUCCGCAGGCCGCAGCCACCUCCCCCACCAAGACCUGUACCUCCUGUUAACUAAAUUUUUAUAUUCUCCUGCAUUUUGUGUACAUGUGCUAUUUUAAGCUAAGCUCGGAAUCUACUUUACAAAAGAACUUCGUUAAACUGACUGUGACAUUGUUGAUAAUGAAAUUUAAAGUUUCUUUCUCUAGAAUCGUAAGUGAUAUAAGUUAUAUACAUAUAGUGAUUUUUUAAUAAUUUUCUUUCUUGUACAGUUUAACCACUUGUGAAGCUGAUGUAAGAUCUUUUUAAUAUUUUAUGUGCAAAUAAGGAAAAUAUAAAGAAACUCGUACCACUAUAUAUAUUGCUGAUAUUAUUUUUGUCAAUGCACAUUCAUUCUUAAAAAUAUUAAUAAAUAAAAUUUAAUUAUAUCUGUAAUGAAACACGUUAAUAUUAUUUGCAAUUUCUGAGCUUAGCUUUUAGAUCAUCAAGUUUCAUUGCAGAAAGAAAAUCAUCCGGAUAUUAAUAUAUUUCGAUGUUAUUUUCCUUUUUUUUUUUUUUUUUUUUUCAAUGCUAUGAUAAAGUAAAACAUCUAGGUUUCAUUUAUUCUUUCUAAAAUUAAAUUUUACAAUGCACAUAUAUAAUUUCAAUGGUUAUACCCUAAAUAAUCGGACUGUCUUUCCAAGUGGAUAAUUAUACAGUGAUUUUGUACAAAUAAAUAAAUUAAAGAAUAAUAUUUGAAAUGA